AGUCUUUUAUAGUCGUAACCAAUCAUCUGGACGAGUUACAGACAGAAGCCAUGUUGUAACUUUUCUAGUACACAGGUCAAGUUUCUUCAAUCAGCUGGAAGUCCCGAUCAGAUCCUCCGUCCUCGGAAAAGACGCAGAAAUAUCGCGACUUUGUUUACGCAUUUGAAGACGAAAUGAACGCGAGCUGCUUCCUGGUCGCUGUGCGAAGAGGAUGCACGCGGACCUCCAGACGACCUCAACUCGUUUUACCUGCUUCCACCUCGAUGGUUCACUUCCGCCUGGAGUCAUCACAGGUUGUCUCUGCUGCUAGGCUCCCCUACAGAGUGAGUGUUACUGCUGGGAAACGCUAUGCCUGGUGUGCCUGUGGACACAGUAAGAAACAGCCGUACUGUGACGGAGCUCACAAGGCAAAAGCUCCAAGCAUCACUCCUCUACGUUUCACCCCUGAAAAGGACCAGAAGGUGAUGCUGUGUGCUUGUAAACAAACCAAAAAUGCUCCAUACUGUGAUGGCUCACACUUUAGGGUCAUCUUCCAGGAUGUAGUAAAGUCUGUGAAAGGAGUCUUUAAAUGAACAGAAUUUCCGGCAUAUGCACUAGAAGACAAAAGAGCAGAAACUCUAAAAGAGAUGAUGCAGAAAACAGUAACUUAUUGUUAACUUGAUCGUGUCCCAACAGAAGCAAAGCAGCUUUGAUGAUCAACAGUACUGUUUGCCAUUAAAUCUCUGUGUUUGCCAGUAAGCCUGCAGGAGAAAAAGUGUGGUCAUUUUUGUUUCAGGUCAUCAGUAAUCUGCUAAUUUGCAAAACACAAAACAUUUAAUACAAGAUGAUACCUUUACUGCUUUUAAAUUCAUAUGUAAAAUUGAGUGUCCUGUACUGCUUUAGUCUCCUCAUACAUGUCAGAGUUAUAUUUACUGUAUAAACAGCAUUGCAAAUAGCGGAUUUUUCUGUUCAUAUAUUGAAUGUAUAUUGCAUUGAAAAUGCUUAAAUUAGACAUUUAUGCUGCCUGAAAGACAGUAAAUACAUUUUUUCUGUGUCUGCCAAAACAGAGAAGUGACAAUUGACUGUUAUUCCAUGUAUUUUUGUAUUGAUUGAAACCAAAAUAAAAGAAGCUAUGAAUGCAG